UGUUCUCAACAAACAAAGCUCAGACUCAGAGACUUUAAAAAAAAAAAAAAAAAACUCUCAGAAUCAGAGGGUCAAAACCCCAACAAAAACCCUAUCCCCCAUUUUCUUGACCCAACAAUGGCAGCAUUCAUGGGCGGUAGUGGGCGAUUCCGCGAGUUCCUAAAGAAGUACGGGAAGGUGGCCAUGGGUGUCCACUUCUCGGUCUCUGCCGCCUCCAUCAGCGGCCUCUACGUCGCCAUCAAGAGCAACGUCGACGUGGAGUCCAUCCUCCAAAACCUCCACAUGGGUGGCCUCACCGGCAAGGACCACGCUCCAGAACCUGAGACUUCUUCAUUCUCUGAUGGGUUUGCGAGGGAGGAGGAGGAGAAGACCCAUUCGACGGUUCUGAUCGAGGAGAAGGAGAAGAAGCGGAAUCGGACGGCAGAGCUCGCGGCCUCGAGCGGUGGGGCUCUGGCGCUGGCUGUGCUGUGCAACAAGGCUCUGUUCCCGAUUCGGGUUCCGAUUACCAUCGCGCUUACACCUCCGGUGGCGAGGUUCUUGGCUCGGAGGAAGAUUAUCAAGACCAAUGUAUGAUUAUUCUGUUAGAAUUUUUUGUUUCCCUUUUUUGGGUCUUCAAAAAUUUUCGUUUUUGUUUAUUUGUCUGUGUUAAUUGGGGAAAAUAGAAAUUGAUAAUGGCCUUUAUGGAUUUGGGCAUGUGUCUUCAAAUGCUUCAUCCACGUUAAAUUGGAUUGAAGAGUUUACAUUAAAAGUUAAAAAAAAUGGAAAGAAAUAAAAAUUGAGAGUCAGUGUUGGUGUUA